GCACUCUCUUUAGUUGUUUUCUGGUCUCUUACGGAACCUAUUUUCUUAGGAAGGAAACUUAAUAAGACAUAUAUUGAACUGAAUGACAAAAAAAAAUUAUUUCGUAUCUUAUUUUUAUAUAAUGUUGAAAGUACACAGAAUAAUUGAAUGUUUCUAUUCGUGAAAAUACAUUUCUGUCUCAUAGAACUCAAUUUUGCUUUAUUAUAUUAUUACUAAGCUAUAUACUAAAUUGCUGGAGUAAUUUUUUCUCUUUGACAUGCUAAUUAUGUUUUGUAGAUUACUAAUCAGAAGCAUGUAAGGUGAGAGUUGUUCUUGGAGUUUAAAAGCAGAAACACUCAUCUAUAUAUGCAUUAGUUGAUUUAUAUAUGAAUUAUAAUCAUAAACACUGUGUAGAUGCUUAAAAACACUGUGUAUAUAUACAAGCUCAACACUUUAGUUCAUAUGUACCUAACCCAAAUUACACCAUUGACCUAGAUCCACUCCAUUUGCGCUCUCUAUAUAUAGAUCCACUCUGCCAAGUAUUCAUUCACACAAAAAACACACAACAACAUCCAAAAAAUAAACGCCUGAACUUUGAAAUAUUAAUUAAGCUCCAACAUUAUAAAAUCAAUUAUACAAAAUGGCUCGUGUAAGGAUCUCCAUUUCGAUUAUUUACUUAUUGCUUUUUAUUGUAGGUUUUGUCUCGCAAUCUUGUGAAGCUAGAAAGGUUCUGAUGCCUUACGGUGCAAGCAAGGGAUUGUUUCUUAGUGCCCUGCCAAAGGGCAAUGUUCCACCUUCGGCUCCAAGCGACAAGGGCCACACUUCUCCGCCAGAGGAUUAUUCCGACCAUCAUACGAUUCCAGAAAUCUCGCCGGAGAUUUACCGUCGACUAGGAUCGGUCCCCAGCCCUGGCGUUGGUAAUUAGGCACAUUGAUUACCGGAUUACCGACAUUUAUAUAUUAUUUUCGACUUCAUUUCAUCAUAUUAUCAUAUAUUGUACGUCGUCCUAUAAUGAAGACUGUGUGUGUCUGUGUAUGAUAUGGUAAUGACUACUGAAAUAGAUGUAUUUGCUUGUGGAAUCCAUAAUUGAGUAAUACAAAAUAACUAUUUACAGUAUAAUUGUAUUGUCUUUUUGUGUGUUUAGCAUAUGGUACUUAUGAAUAUGUAGGCAACGUACUACAUGCAGCUCUUCUAUUCGCGUUGAAUGAGACAAAAACUGAGAAAAUUAUUGUUUAUGAAUUAUGCUCUUUUAAAGCAUGGCCAGCGGUUAAAUACUUAAGUAUCGGAGUAAUUAAUUAUGUUAUUGAAUAGUUAUAAUGAAAAUGAAAGGAGAAAUUAAGACCAAUGAAAAAGAGACAUGUACAAUCAGAGUUUUUCCUUUUUGAGAAUUGGCAUGUACAAUCAGAGUUUGGAGAGGAUCUUAAAAGUUUUCUAUCAAGAUAUUUUUAAGAAUUUAUUGCUUUUUCAAACUCUGCAUAAGAACACAACAAAAUCAAUUUGUAGCCGUAUUAUGUUUUCAUUUCUGGUAGACUAAUAGUUUAGCGCAUUUUAUAAAGCUAAGUAACUCCAACGACUAUAUUAGUCUAUUACAAUAUAUUUUAGGGACACAUCACAGAUUCACACAUAUGUGGAUCAUAUAUACAUUAACAAAAUAAAACAUUUGAGAUGAUGGACUAUAGGUCGCCUAAGCGCAACGCGUCACUCUUCCGCCCCGAUUUAUGCCAAAUUGGUUUAAAAAAUUGGAUAUCUGAUUUUCUCCGCCUAGACCGUCUAAAUGACCGCCUAGACCGUCUAAAUGACCGCCUAAGCGGCUACCUAAUCUAUUUUUUAUUUUUUUAUUUUUAUUUUAUUUUUAAUAAUAUUUUUAUUUAUUUAUUUGAUCUAAAAUUUUAUAAAUAUCAUUUAUAUUCAUACGAUGAAAAUUACACUAUAUUAAGUUUAUAUAUUCUAUUUGUGUUUUAUACAAUCUUAAACAUCAAAAUGUAUUAAUUUUAUAUACAAUUAAAGAUUAACAUGUUUUAUAACAUAGUAAACAAUCGAAAAAUUCCGCCCCACAUAAUUUUCGAUUAAUCUCUGAUUUUCUCUUUAGGCGAUAGGUCCAAUCCGACAGCCCGACUCGCCUAGCGCGUCCCCGAACCGGGGUUAUAACUUAUAAGCCGCCUACAACUUUAUAAGUCGAUAGUAAUAAUAAUUCAAAAGCUUCUAUUUGGCCCUUUUGUAGCAAAAGUUGAUGAAUUGACAAUAUCUAUAAUUAUUUGUGUGUUUUACGAGAGACGUCUUCCUCUCUCCUGUUGACGUUAUGUCUUUUAUGAAUAGAUUCAGAGUUUAAGACAAAAGAGAAGAAAAAAAGCAAAAUGAAAAUAGACAUGCAAUAAUAUAAGGAACACCAUUAUUGCUCAUCUCCGGGAAUAUACUAUUUAUGGACUAACUUCUAAUCACGAAGCUUCUGCUCUCACUUUCCUCUUUUGUAUUUUCUUAAUAAGUUUAACUAACCAACUAGUAAGAUGGAGCCGCCUUUUACACAUUCAAUGCAUGUCAUAUAUAUGUGUCUUAAAAUCAGUACUUAAAUCUUAGAGCAUCAUUAACCCGGAGUUCUAAGAUGAGGUUCUUA